GAGAAAAGGAGAAGUGAAUGAAGGACGCUCUCAGAUCAGAUUGAGGUGAUUGCACACAGGUGAUACUGUUUGAGUACUCACCUCAUUAGACUACCACAGCUUCCUGGCAGUAUGCAUUCAAACUCCAUCCUCUGAAUUAAUGAUGAGCUGGAAGAGGUUCACCAGCAGACUACUGAGCUGGAUCAGAAGAUGGACUUGACAGAGAAGCAUUGUGUGAGGGAACGCCAGCGGGCUGGACCCACCAAAUGGUCGGACUGGGUAAAAACGCACAAGAAGUCACAGGCUGAUCCUGCAGAGGAUGGGAAUGCUUCAUGAAAACCCCAACAGAGUCCAACAGACUGGGAGACGCUGUGAAGGACUGUCGGUUCUCCCCAGCAGCCUCCUCCUGAAGAUCUUUCAGUAUCUCUCAUUCCAAGACUGGCUUACUUGUGCUGAGGUGUGUUGCUCAUGGAAAUCACUCAUCCAGUCCGGUACACUGUGGAGUCAGAUAAACUUCUCUGCAAAGAAAUGCUGGGCAACAGACUGCACAGUGCAGCAGAUUCUGCUGAAAUAUCGCCCAUUUGUGAUCCAUGUUAACCUGCGUGGCUGCACGUCCCUAAAGUGGAACAGCCUGAAAUGUAUCAGUGAAUGCAGAAACCUGCAGGAGAUCAACUUUUCUGAGUGUGUUAAUGUCACAGAUAAGAUGGUUGAGAGGAUUGUGAAGGCCUGUCCCAGCCUGCUCUACUUGAACCUUUCCUUCACACUAAUAACAAAUAAGACUCUGAAAGAACUGUCCAGGUAUUGUGUCAACCUUCAGUACCUGAGUCUGGCCUACUGCCACAGAUUUACAGAUAAUGGAUUUAUGUACCUGAGCACGGGAAAAGGCUGCCGCAAUCUCAUCCACCUCAACCUGUCCGGCUGCACUCAGAUGACUGUAAAUGGGUUCAGAUACAUUUCAGCCGGAUGCCCUUCACUCAGAGAGAUUGUGAUGGAUGACACGAUCACACUGUCAGAUAGCUGUGUUUUGGCUUUAAUUGCCAGAUGUCGCUGUCUGUCUGCCAUGUCUCUGCUGGAUGCUCCUCAUCUUUCCGACAUGGUCUUCAGAGCCAUCGCUGAGGUGGCCAAACUGAAAACUUUCACUAUAGAGGGUAACAACCAAAUCACUGACAUCAGCCUGAAGGCUCUGUGCAGCAGCUCCCCAGGCCUCCGCAGACUCCAUGCAGCAGAAUGUCCCAGAAUCACAGAUGCUAGCCUCACAUCUGUGGCCAACCUCAAGAACCUGCAAUACUUGGACAUCUCACUGUGUAACAGUGUGAGUGAUUAUGGAAUCAAGAGCUUAGCUGACGGCACCUCAUCCAACAAACUGAGAGAGCUGAAUGUCAGCCACUGCAGCAACAUCACUGAUGUAUCUGUCAGAAGGAUUGCACAAAGGUUGUUCAACCUGUACCAUCUCAACCUGAGUCACUGUGAGAGACUGACCGACAGGAGCCUGGAGCUGCUGAGCGGCAGCUCUAUCAGCUCUCUAAAUGUCAGUGGUUGCAACAUCCAGGACCAGGGUCUGGCUGCUCUCCAAUAUGUCUGCUUGAAGAGGCUGGUUCUUGCCGAGUGUGUCUGCAUCACAGACGUUGGCAUUGAGAAGCUGUGUAAGAACCUGAGUGAUCUGGAGCAUGUUGACGUGUCUCGCUGCGUAUCUCUGUCAGACGCAGCCGUUAGAUCCAUUUCAUUCUGCUGCAGAAGUCUACAUACGCUGAAGAUGUCAGGCUGUCCAAAGAUGACAGACAUGGCAAUUCAGUAUCUGACAAGUGGAUCUCAGUACCUGCGAGAGCUGGAUGUAAGCGGCUGUGCACUCCUCACAGAUCGCUCUCUCAGACACUUGGAGAGGAUUUGUCCUCCUCUCUGCUCUGUCUCCAUGCUCUGCUGCAGCAGCAUCUCUAGGGCAGCUGCCUUAAAGCUUCAGCCACGUUUGGAUCACUGGGAGCACAGCAGCGAGGAUCCCCUGUACUUGUUUUAGUAGCACAUGGCCAAAAAUGGUUCAUGGCAUGGCAACUCAGAAAGGUGAAACAAUGAUAGGAGAAGGCAGAUAUAAGUGAAUUAGCAAGAAAAGAGGGAGAUAAGUCACAAUCUUAACAGCUAAAUUUUUAGUAUAUUAUUUGUAAGCAUAGUGUGAAUUUCUUCUCAUAUUUAAUGAGGUCAUUAGUUGAAUGUCAUGGCAGUGAAACUAAACUGGUGCCUUUUAAACAAAGCUAAGUGUUUGGAGCUUGAGAUAAUUCCUGAGAUGACUCUCUGACAGGAACUCUGUCUUUAUGUCGAAAUCACAGACAAAUCUAAAAUCAGUCUUAAACUAGGUACACAAUCUGUGGUCAAACUAUGACCAGUACUCUGAAAUCACUGGAAGUUGUAAAAUAAUUAUAGUACAUGGUAAGCAAUAGCACCACCUGCUGUCUGGAUCCUAAAGCUGACUGGACACCUCUAGUACUGACUUUAGCAUUAUUUGUCUGAUAUUCAAGCUACUUUACACUGCAAUGUAAAUGAAAAUACCAAACACUUUAAAUUUGAACCCCGUGGUUCACACAAUGUCAACAGUUUUAAUUUUAGAUUUAGCACCGACGGAAAAUGAAUUAUUUAGGAAUAUUUUAUAUAUAUUUUAAGAUAAACAUGACAGAUCUUGUGAACUUCACAUUUGUUUCUCUCCUUUGAAGUGUUUGACUGUCAAUAUUUACAGUCUUUAAGUCAGAGGUUGCAUUUAUUUCGGUGAAAAAAGGCACAACCAGUCAAAUGUAAAUUUUCAGAUAAUAAUCCUCCUUUAUAAAGGCUUUAUCUUGUAGGUUUAGGUUACAUUGGACCUACAUUGCUACACUAAGAGGAUAAUUGGAGACUCUUUUGCCCUACCACUCCAAUUUUUGAUAAUUUUAACCACAUUUCACUGUGGGUUGCAUUCAUUUUUGCCUCUUGAAACACAUAUUUACCACUUUGAACCCCUUUCUGCUACUUUUAAAAUCCCAUUUCACCUCAUUUUCCACCAAUUUUGCCACUUUUAACCCAUUUAUAAAGGCUAUAUACCAUGACAUAAAAUAUAUAUUACUCAAGUAAAAAAAUACAUGGUUAUCACAGCUUAAUCUAAAAUGCACCAUGAUUUUGCUGACCUCCAUGAGCCCCCCCAUUUGGUUGGGCCACAGAAAGCUCUCUCCUUUAUCCCCCCUUGUGGGCAGCCUUGGUGCAAUACCCCCCUUAUGAAAUUGUGGCAACCCUUCAUGCUCCUGAUACAUUAUCUUGUGUUGUACUCAAGACCACACUAUCCGAGACCAAGACUUGCCCCAGACCAGAGUGCACCAAGACCAAGACAAGACUUUUGGUGGUUGAGACCACGUCAAGACCGAGUCAAGCUGAGACCGAGACAAGACCAAGACCAUGAAAAUUAAUUUUAAAAACCCACGACAAUGGUGAACAGUUAAAUAGCAUUCUCUCUUUAAUUUUAGUUUUCUUUUAAAUAAAUUUGACAGAUAAAAACAAGGGGUCUGCAACUUUCAAGGCAUAACAUGCAAAAACUCAUAUCUUAACAAGUUUGUUCAAAUAACUUCUUGUAAAAAUAAAUCCUUGUAUGUAUUUAAAAGCCACUGACAAGUGGGAAAUUAUUUUAAAUAUCUGAAAAUGAGAUUUUGUUUUCUAGAUCUGUCAGGCGAAUGAGGAACAAAGUUAGUGUUCAGAGGUAUUUCUGACUAGAAAUAAGAUGGACUGAUGUCCGAGAUUUGGCAGGUGUAGCUAUUUGUUGUUUUAGCAAGUGCAUCUCCUUAAUAUCACAUUAAGCCAAAGAAUAGCAGAUUAGUGCUGAUCUCAACGGGUGCUGGAAAUCCAGAGUCUGGCUAGUCCGAGACAGAAACAAGACCAAGACAUUCAAAAUGUGGUCUUGAGACCGGUCUCAAGACCAAGACUGUUCUUCAGUUCUA